CCCAAGGCCCAAGCACCUUCCACCCACAAGGCUAAGAAGGAUCCUUUCUCUCUCGUGGAAGGCUGAGGGCUGGAGCAGCAGGGGGCUAUGGAAGCUCCCAUAGAGCCUGUGUUCUAUCACAAGCUAGAGAUCUGGGAGCCUGGCGCUGAGUGGGAACAGGAGGAAGAGGAUGAGAUAUCGGAACUGCUGGUCUCCAACCUCAAGAGACCCCAGGACAUCCCUGGGAACAAGGCUGGUGGGUUGCCCGGUGUGUGGGCCCGAAUAGGGGCAGCCCUGGUACUGCUGGCUGUUAGCUGUUUCCUGGCUGUGAGGCAGCUGCAAAGCAAGGGCCACUCGGCUGAAAGCGUGGGCUCUGUGGCAACUCCGGUGAGCAGCCACACCCAUCCCCCUGGCGUGUUCCACCACAGCGCCAUCAUCAGCCCUGCAGCCACGUGCUCCCACAUGGGCCGAGAGCUGCUGGUGGCUGGGGGUAAUGUCGUGGACGCUGGCAUUGGAGCAGCUUUGUGCCUGGCAGUGAUACACCCUCACCUCACAGGGCUAGGUGCCAUGGUUUGGGGACUCUUCUACAAUAGCUCCUCAGGAAACUCAACUGCCCUGACUACAGGCCCAACCCAGGCCCUGGCCCCUGGCCUGGGGUUGCCUGGGGCUCUGCCUGCCCUGCAUUUGCUCCACACACGCUUUGGCUGCCUGCCGUGGUCACGCCUGCUGGUGGGCCCUACCAUGCUAGCUCAAGAGGGCUUUGUGGUGGAUGCGCCCCUCGCCAGUGCUCUGGCAACCCAGGGCACAAGGGGUCUCUGCCCACUGCUUUGCCAUGCUGACGGGACUCCCCUGGGCCUUGGCAUGCGAGCCACCAACCCCAAACUGGCCACUGUGCUACGCAGGGCAGCGCUUGCUCCCACCCCAGACCUCACUGGCAAAGUCUUACUGAGUCUGCUGGCUAAAGACCUAGGACUGGAGGAACCCUUAGCUUGGCCCAGGCCCAGCUUGGAGCCAGCACUACAGCUUUCUGUGCCCCAGGGCAUCCUCUUCACAACCCCCAGCCCUUCUGCUGGCCCAGAACUGCUGGCACAGCUGGAGGCUGCCCUGCGUACCCCAACACCCAGCCCUGCCCCCUGCCCACAGCACUUGCAAACUGCCCUGAUAAGCAGCAUCUUGGCCACUGUAGACAACAGCGGCUCCACACUCCUGCUCACCUCCUCACUCAACAGUGCCUUUGGUUCUCGAUACUUGUCCCCGAGCACUGGGGUUCUACUCAGGAACCUGACGGCCGAGUCUGCACACAGUGCCUGGGCAUGUCCCCUCAUUCUCCGUGGCAGCCUGGAUGACACAGAGGCUGAUGUGUUAGCACUGGUGGCUUCAGGGACCCCUAACAUGACCACAGUCAUGACUCGUGCCUUGCUCAGCCAUCUUUUGGAGCCCCAAACCCAGCACCAACACCAGGUUCAACAAGAACCAACAGAAAACCCCAGCACAUGUGGCAGCGUGACCCUGCUGCAGGCAGCGGCCCACGCGGAGCACGCCCACGUCUCCAGCAUCCCCAGGGGCUGCUGCCCCUUCCAGGGACUCUAGUAGAGAGGCAGAAGGCUGGUAGGAGACAGUAUGAUCUUGAACCUGAGGGCAGUAGCUCUGCAGACUCAACAAUGGAAUGCUUAAAGAUCCUGAGUGCUGGCUGUGGGAUCAGCCCUAACCUGGAUCUUGGUCAAUUCCUGGACUCUAGCUCUAGCAUCCAUGUCUAGCUCAAUUCUGCUUGACAGUACAUGUCCAGCCAAUGGAUGGAAUUUCUGCUUCUUUUAUCAGCUAAGAAACUGGAGGACAGAAAGGAAACUUGGGGCUAGGCUUGAGUUUAGAUCUGCUUCAGGAAGAACUGAAGAGUAUCGAGCCCCAGUCUAGAUUCUGGACUACAAAGAGCAAGGUGGGCAGUGCCUAUUUCCUAUUGGCCAUACUCUCAACAGUUGGAGUAGAGAAAAAAUAAAAACUAAGUCCUCUGAAUGCCAA